AUGCUCGGGCACCGCAGUCGCGCCGGGACGUUGGCGUGGAACUCGCACACGCUCUCGAGCGGGAGUCGCGAUCGCGCCAUCUUGAAUCGCGACAUUCGAUCACCGAGCGAUUACUCUAGCAAGCUUCUCGGGCAUAAGAGCGAGGUGUGCGGAUUGAAGUGGUCUUACGACGACCAACAGCUCGCGAGCGGCGGCAACGACAAUCAACUCUUCGUGUGGAAUUCGCACUCGACGUCACCAAUCUUGCGAUGCAGCGAGCACACCGCCGCGGUCAAGGCCAUCGCGUGGUCUCCACAUCAACACGGCUUACUCGCCAGCGGCGGCGGUACCGCCGACCGAUGCAUUCGGUUUUGGAACACCGUCACCAACACGCCGUUGCAGUGCGUCGACACCGGUUCGCAGGUGUGCAACUUGGUUUGGAGCAAGAACGUGAACGAGAUCGUCAGCACGCACGGCUACAGCCAAAAUCAAAUCGUCGUCUGGCGUUAUCCGAGUAUGUCCAAGCUCACCACGCUCACGGGCCACACCCUCCGCGUGCUCUUUCUCGCCAUUUCUCCCGACGGCCAAACCAUCGUCACCGGCGCCGGCGACGAGACGUUGCGCUUUUGGAACGUCUUCCCCGGCAUGAAGUCCCCCGUCUCGGGCGCCGGCGACAACACCGUCAGCACGCUCGCGCGCACGAGCAUUCGGUGA